UAAAAUGGAAUCUUGUGUAACCAAAGAAGGAUUCCAGAUGACAUUGGAAGAGAAUGGCAAAUAUGUUUUACAGAUUAAUAAUCAAUUGCAAGAUAUAGACAAACGAUUAUUAAAUUUGAAUAGUAAGCUCGAAGGAGAUUAUGAGAUGCAUGAAGUUCUGGAUGACAUAUCUGAUAUAAAGAGCAUUUUAAAAAUACCAACUAGAAAACAAUUGGCUAGUCAAUUUGGAACUGAAAACAUUCAGUAUGGUGAAUAUCCACCUGAUAUGCAACAAGUUUUGGGAGCAGCAAUUAAUUUGGAAGAGCUGCAAACGAAAGUAACCGCAGUAGAAGAGCGGAUAGAACAAAUUGCAGAAUCUAACAAAGAAAUGCUGCGAAUGAGAGCCGAAGAAGCAAUCGCUAAUGAAGAGAAAAUGGCUGAAACAGAAGCUAUUAUCGAAAAUCUUUCUUUAUACAUGGAUACAGCAAAAGAAAAAAUGUCAGACUUUUACGAAUUGUUAAAUGUUUUAAAUAAAAAAUUGUAUAAUUUAACAGAGACCGUUACGGAAAUUGCAAAAAUUCAGGACGACAUGACGGAGGAGGGUAGAAAAAAUCUUCAAGAUGUUGAAGAUCAAUUGAAAGAAAUUUUUAAAGAAUUGAAAAAGCUUUCGAUUAUAAAUGAUAUACAAGUUCAUGUGGAAGAAAUUCGAAAUUAUAAAGCAGACAGAAGUGAAAUGAUAGAAGAACUUGAAAAAAAAGCCGAUAAGACACAACUAGACGAAAAAGUCAAUAAAUCGGAAUAUUUAACUUCCUGUGAAGAAAUAAAUUCAGGUUUCAACGACAUAAUCGCUAAAAUUUCUGGUCAAGAGCAAACAUUGGAAAGAACAGUACAAGAUUUAACUGUACUUGUGAACCAGAAACUCGAAAGAAAGGAAUUGGAUAAUUAUAAAGAAAAUCUGAAAGAACGACUGAAGACGAUUGUUACGAAAUUGAAGCAAUUGAAAGAAGCAGUAGAAGAAGGACCAAGUGCUGCGGGCGUUAAGCUACGGUGCAUAUCUUGCGAUAGACCACUAAGACCGAAUGAGAGAAAUGUUGUAAUAAGCGAUGGUAGCCAUAAUGCAACGAUGCCAAAACGCAUCGGAGAUCAAUUACUAGAAUGGUAA